AUGGAAGCAUCGCCGCCCGCCGUGGAGGAGCACCACCGGGGCCCCCGCGUAGGGCUGGUGUACGACGAGAGGAUGUGUCGGCACGGGACGCCCGACGGAGAAAGUCACCCGGAGAGUCAGCAGCGGAUCAAGGCCAUAUGGCAAGAGCUUGAGUCCGCCGGCGUCACACAGAGGUUUCAUUCCAGGCAUCCCGAGGAAGCAUGGGCGCGGUUUUUGUUCCUAUUUUCAGUUCGUAGUAGGAAAGUCGGACUGGUUCGAUGAGAUCAUUGCUUGUUUUCCCAGGUGCUCUGUCUUUGGCGCUGAGGAGGUGGACGACAAGUACGUAUCGGCAGUUCAUACUCGCAAGCACGUUGAUCUCAUCCGAAACGUGAGCUCGAAGCUGUUCAAUUCCCGGAGGAAGAGGAUCGCUGCGAGAUUUAACUCUAUUUAUUUGAAUGAGGGCUCAUCAGAAUCGGCUUUUCUUGCCGCUGGAGGCGUUCUUCAGGUAACGGAUUUUUUUCUUUAGUUUUCAGAGCAGAGAUUCGUGUAGUUCGUCCUCGUCGGUUUGCCGAAACGAAGCUCGAGCUCAAGUUUCUCACAGGUUGCUGACGGUAGGUUGAGGUCUUGACUUUUGUAUCAUUCGUCCAGCUCACUGAAAAGGUCGCAAAUGGGGAGAUCAAUUCUGGGGUUGCCAUAGUCAGGCCACCGGGUCAUCAUGCAGAACCAGACCAAGCAAUGGGUUUCUGUCUUUUCAACAACAUUGCCAUCGCUGCCAAUUUCCUUUUGAACGACAGAGUAUUCUCUCUUCUUAGCAGCACCCUUUUGCUAUCGCGUCCUUGCUUCUUGAAAAUACUAAUAUCUGUUAAACCCAAGAUUAUGGUGCCUGCUAAUGGAAUAGUACUGUUUCAUUGCGAGUACCCAAUAACUGUUUUCCUGUUGUACAGACAGAUCUGGGCAUAAAUAAAAUACUGAUAGUAGACUGGGAUGUGCAUCAUGGAAACGGUACACAGAAGAUGUUCUGGAAUGAUCCUCGAGUGUUAUUCUUUUCAGUGCACAGGUAAGUUAGAUUCACUUCUGAUUUCAAAAUCUUUUAGGGAGGAGGGUCGUCGUGGUUCUUCAAUUGCAUGCCUUGUCUAGAUUUCCCCCUUUCUCUUUCAGCCACGGAGUCUAUUUUUGUUCUUAAAAUUUUGCCCCUCUGCCUUAUCCGCCGAUGGAUUGGAUCUACUUCUGAACCAGACACCCAUGAAUCAUUUAUAUGUCAAGUUUAUUCCAAGCACUAGAAAAACUUGAAUAGAUGAAGCAGCGCCAGAUCGUUGUUCUUUCAUUUCGGAAUUUUUAGAACAACAACAACAAGGGUGUGAACUAACCAAUUGCCUUUUUUGAUCUUCAACCCCUUUUGCGUAAUUUUUCUGUAAGUGUAGUUCCAUCUGAUGAUAUUUUUUUCUUUUCUCCUUCAUUUAACUGAAGCUAAUAUGAAUAAAUGAGAUGGGCAUGCAUUUGUUUGAAGAAUGCUUUACAAAUCCAACUCCUGAGGGGAUUAAUUUCUCACAAUAUUUUUAUGUCAGUAUCUUUCCUUCACUCAAUUCUUUUCUUCCAGCAAUGAUGUUAUCGCUUGGUCCAGGUUUGAAUUUGGGGGCUUCUAUCCCGCUGGUGAUGACGGUUCACAUACUAUGACCGGGGAAGGAUUAGGUGCUGGGUUCAACAUAAAUAUUCCAUGGGAGCAUGGACUUUGUGGCGAUGCCGACUAUCUUUCUGCCUGGGACCACAUACUGAUCCCUGUUGCCGAGAGUUACAAUCCUGAUAUUGUUCUAAUUUCAGGAGGAUUUGACGCAGGUUAAUUCAUUCCCUUUAUUCACGCCUGGUUACAAUUAGUAGAAACAUUUUUUUUAUUUUUUGGCUGAUUUGAUCAUGGAGCUAAAUAUUGCAGUUUGUUAUAUUAACCAGUUAAGCCAAUAGUAAAGGAAAAAACAGUAGUAAUGGCUUCAAUAUCUACAUUGGGAUGAUUAGAUAUGAGUUUCUUUAUCAUCAUAGAUUUAAAGGCCAUGCCUAGGAAACAAGGUGUUAGAAAAAGUCAAGGUAUACAGGGGAGCCCUGGCGAUAAAGGAUAAACCUCAAUGCAUUGAUUCCCUUGUCAGUUUCUCUAAUCGUCAUAUGAAUUAUUAGUACAUUACCUGUAAAUUAUACAUAUCAUUAAAAUGUGUUCGUGACAGUGAAAAUCUUUUAUGAAAGAAAGGAGGAACAAGAAACAUUCCAGGCCUUAUCGGUGCUGUGAGGACAGCUAUUGACGGAAUAUUCUGGAGAAAAUAAUUUAUUUAUGGAAGCUAGAGAAAGCUUAUGAUUGAAUGCCUGUAGAUAUUGCCUAAUCGAUAUUAGGAAGGAAAUGAUAUCUAAAAAGGUAUCUGAUAAUGAAGGAUUAUAUAUGAAAGAACAAUGGCCAGUGUGUGGACGAUUGUUAUGGACCUAUCGCACAAACAAGAAGAUGAAAUCGGAAAUUAUAAGAAACAAUCGAUCCAGUGUCUGUAGAACAUUUGAAAGAAUGGGUUCGGAUGUAGACCUGAAGCUGUGAACAGUCAAAGUUGGGAGUCUCAAUAAAUUGAUAUAGCAUUUUCAAGGAAAAGCAUGAUAUUGCUGGUAGCCUGACACUAACUGAUAUGGCUAGGGUAUAGAUAUGGGUGUACGUUGGGAAUAUGAAAUAAUGAUUUACAUUGUGAGAUUUUAGGAGAGGCUUGGAUGAAUAAGACAACGUACUGGAAAAUGUUCCCACUAUUUUGUUUAAUAAUUAACGUUAUAUUAGGAAAAUCCCUUCGUGUAUCUAGAUUUGGAUGGAAUGAAUUUAGUGGUUCGCAUGAUUGCAAAUUUAUGAGUAAAUUGAGAAACAAAUUUUGGGCUCGCAUGACUAUCAUGAAUGUAUUAGAUCGUACAAGAAGUUCAAAAUAAGAAAAAGAUCAGAACAUGUAUUGUGUAGUGUUGGGAUAGUAAGUUGUCAUGGCAAGAUUAGUCAUCGAUACUAUCGGAGUUCCCAGCAAGAUAAGAGGUCAUACUCCCCAUGAAUAUAUCAGAAAUAUGGUUGUGAUAGCAAUAAUAUGGGAUACCAUUCUUUUGUAUAUUUUGACGUGGCCAUAAAAAAACGUAAACAGCUCCUAAAGAGCGCCCACUUCCAUAAAGUUUCUAUGAUGCAACAAAGUGUGAAGUACAAGGCACAUAUCCCUAUUCCAAAAACUGGGAUUUUUUUAUGAUGAUGGUAAUAAAAUUGGGAAUACUUAUUCUUCGGUAGAGCAUCAUUCAGGUUUGUGAUGCUUGUAAAUAUUGAAGUUGAUAUCAUAUGUUUACCGUCCCCAUGUACUCUGACCACAUACAAAAGAAUAUUGAUUAGGCUUUUUUGAUAUAUCCUAUAGUCUUGGUAAUUGAACAUUCUGUUUAUUUCAGAGUAGUCUUUAAUAUCUUCUUUGCAUGGGUUUAAAACCUCAAGAGAAUUAUGAAUUAAACAAACCUGUUUUAUAAAUAAGGUCCAUAAAAUUUGAUUUAUUUGGAAGAUUGGAUUUAAAUAUAGUGUCCAUGGAAUAAUCCUUCAAUAACACUGACUUGUCCUGUAUAUAGAUUCCAAGGGCAUAGGACGGUCCUGAUUAGCCUUCCCAAUGGUUCAAGGUAGACCAAACAAGCACAGCUGGUACAUUCAUAGCCAUGGCUUGUAUCGGGAGCCUUUUAUGGGGGGUUCGAGUUGACUCGACCUAAACUUGAGGGGGGGGGGGUCAUUGUAAACUAGCCGAGCCUGCCCUACCAGUGGGUCCCUAGCAGACCAAAACUGUCCCUUAAGAGGGGGGGCAUGGCAAGGGACUAAUAUGUUCACUGAAAAGGAAGAUAGAACUGAUGCAAUAUCAUGGCACAUGACAGACGACUAUUGUUUUUUAAAAUAAUAGCAUCAGGUUUCUGGGGGCUUCUUAAUAUAGCGAAAGAAAGAUUUUUUUUUUCUACUUCAAGAUAUUUCUAAUUCCAGACAUUUUAAAACUACAAAAGUUGUUUAAAAAUGUAUCAUGAUUGGAAAUUAGAGAAACAUAUUAGGUACUCUCCCCUCAUCUCCUGAUUUUGACAUUGUUUCCUUUUAGGUAAAGCCUGAACAUUUUCUUCCCACUUGGCAUUUUGUUCCUUCUUGUCAGCGUUGCAUGUCUAAUGAUUUAUUUCAAGUUUUUGUGGAAUAUGGACUCUGACUUCGCUGAUCAAUCCAAGUAUAGUGUUUUUUUAACACAUAAUUUGCUUUCAAAACCUUAGACAGUUUCAAGCCUAGUUUUCAGUGGCUAAAGCAUAUAUUUUAUGUAAUUUUUACAGACGAUACAUUUCAUAUGAUUGUUGCUCUUUCAAGAAUUCUCUGCUUUUCACCCUUCUAAAACCUUUUUUUAAAGCAGCCAUUGGUGAUCCGCUUGGGGGUUGUUGUGUCACACCACGUGGAUACUCUAUCAUGACGAAGAAGGUUGGUUUCUGUGUAAAAAUAUAUGAUAUUUAUGUUCACAUUUUAAAUUUUCAGAAUAAAGCAUUCUACUCUGCUGUGUUUUCAUAAGCGUCAAAUCAUUUCAUUGCACUUUUCCCCCCGCUCGUAUGCUUCAGUCUUUCAACACCGUGUCUAGAGAAAAAAGUAUCACUGACAUUGCUAUCUAUGCCCACUGUUCGCUUUUUUAAAAGUCAUUUUUUGGGCAAUUCAAUGAUCUUUUGAUAUUUUUGUACUUUUCUGAUGCAAAUUUACUUAUGAAUUCACAUGUUUAGUGUACUAUUUUUUUAUAAUUCGAAUCAUUGAAUAUUAUUUCGAUUCUUUAUUUCAGUUGAUGAGAUUCGCCCAAGGGAAGAUUAUGAUGGCUUUGGAAGGAGGUUAUAAUCUUAAUUCUCUAUCAAAGUCCGUUCUUGCAUGUGUGGAGACGCUGCUGGGCGAAACAUCAAAUCUUGAGAAAGUAGACGAGCAACCCUUUGAGUCCACAUGGCGUGUGAUAUGCAAGGUGAUCUUAUUCUAUGCUUACUUGUGGAUUUAAUGCUUAACUAUUAUUUUUAACGAGACAUUCUACUUUUCAGGUUCGCCGCGAGCUAAGUACAUUUUGGCCAGUACUUGCUGCACAUCUACCUGAGAAGCUAUUGGUUGGCAAGGGAAAACCACAUAUCCUUGAGGUGAUUGUCAGUUUUUAUUUAGUUAUUACUUCUAUUAUUAUCAUUCUGUUGUCUAGUAAGACAAUGCUCCAAGAUUAGGCUACUAUGAAUGAGAACCAUUCCCCUUCUUUACAUAGAGGGAGCUGAAAGUCAUCUUAAAGAACUACAAAUUUUCCUUCUUGAGAAAAUAUGAUUUUACCCAGGCAUAGGCCAUUUUCCAGGAAUAUUCCCGAUAAAUGGAGAAACUUGACAGUCAGAUGUGUUUUGUAAAUGGUUGAUUAAUUUCUUUCUCUAAGUCCUUUGUUCUGUCACUUUCCUUGCAGACCAUUACAAUUACAAAAUAAUAUUCUAGCAAUAUAUCUCUACGGUACUACUUGUAAUUUGCUUUUUGGAUUCAGGCUUUGGUCAUAAAUAUGAAAAAAUGAUGCAAAACAUGGUGAGGAAUCAAAUUAAACUAUCAUUUUGCUUCUAGUGUUAAUUCAAAAUUUCUAGUUUUGUGACAUAAAUAUAACGUUAUCAUUUUGCCUUUAUGUACUUGUUAGCAGUUAAGAUUGUGGAAUGUUUAACCAAAUAGUACGGUGACACUUUCUCAAAGUCAUGAAAAAGGAUGAUCCCCCUAAUGAAAUGAUUAUUUUGUACGGUUGAUAUUUGCUUUUGACUGAAAUGAUUCAAUGUCAAUUUAAGCGUUCGAAAGAGAGAAUAAAAAAAAAUUGCCAUUUUCGUUUCAUGUGCGUGUGAAAAUGGUAAGAACCUAGAUCCUGAAAAGAAUAAGAUUCUUCUUGAGUAGAACGGAAACAAGGUUUAGGGGAAGAAAGUUUGAGCUGUGGAGCCCGGAUCCGUUCUACCACAAACAGGUGGAGAAUCUCUGGGAACUUCUAGGACCAAAUGUCUUCUCUACCCCUCCUUAUGUUACUGAGUCCCCUUAUUUAUAACCCUCAGCCCUCUCUUUUGCAUUUUGAUGCUUACUAACCUUCAUAUGCGAUGGUUAGAGACGUAGAAGCUGGAAGCUUCUUCCUUCUUGAGUAUGUAUUGAUGGGAGGCUUAUCAGAAAAUUUCAGGAAUAUAAUUGAAUAAAAUUAAUGUGUAAUAUAAAUACUUGAAAAUAAUAACUUUUGGUAGAAUCAUGUGGCACUAUGCCUUGCCUAGGUGCUGACUGGUCACCUUGUUUAGUUAUGAUUAGUAUGUUAUUGCUUUGCUUCCAUUGGUCACCUUGUUUAGUUAUGAUUGUUCUCUCUUUCCAAACGUAUCACUCCCUUAUCUUGGGAUAUACAGAACAACAGUCUUCAUCGGUAAAAAUUGCACCAAAGAUGGAUAUAGGCUACAAAAACAGUUGCUCCAAGUAUCAGCUCACAUUUCACAGCUCAAUCAACAUACAUAAAAAAAAGGAAGCAUAAAAGUUUAGUUCUGCAGUGAAAGGAUUGUCUUGGAAUUACAAAUUCUUGUUCACUAAUUACUAUCCUGAGAGAGGCUUCAUAUUUAAAACUAUUUUCAGUUGUCAGAAUUUGGUUGAAUUUCUACCCUCAUUUCUUCUUCUGCCAUUAGCUAAACUGUGAAACAUCCCUUCAGUUAUGUUUCACAUCAUCAACUCCUGAAAUUGUCUGAUUUGAAUCUCAGGAUGCAAGCUCUGGGUCUGACUCAGACGCUGAAAUAAAAUUAAUCAAUGAAGGAUCUGGUGCUUUGUCCGAAGGUUCAGGCCCUUCAUAUGGAGCAUGCUUGGAAACUAUUACCGAGGAUGUUACUCUACCUCUAUCAAAGUUGAAUAUUGACAAAGAAAGCGAAACGAGAGCAGCCCAUUUAAAUGACUCAUCUCGCAAUGAACCGACUCUUUUGCCUGAUCGUAUUGUUUCGUCCUCCAUAAUGUGGAGAUCACACCUGUCGAAAGUUGAUAUUUGGUAUGGAACCUACGGUUCAAAUAUUUGGAAGCCUAGGUUUCUUUGCUAUAUUCAAGGUGGACAGGUAAGAAUUCUCCCUAUGGAUCAUUCGUUUGGGAUGUCUUCAAUCAUUUAUGAAAAUGUUUUUCUUUUCCCCAAAGAUAGCCCUCCGGUGCGUUUUCUCGGUCAUCUCUUGACAUUUUGUUUGGACAUCGGUUAUUUUUUAGAGACUGAUAUGAUAUUGUGUUAUUCCACACAUCUCCUUUGCAUAGAUAUAGAAAGCAGAGAAGCAUUGGAGGCAUCAAGGAUGCCACAACGUGGGUCAGAACUGUCUGAUUUGAUCCCGGAUUCUUGUUUUAUGUCAUAAGCUUCUUCAUUGUCAAAAAACUUCCUACAAUUCAGAAAUCAAUCGUUCAUUCUUGUAUAGGAUUUCAGUGCUUUAGAUAAUGUAGAUGCAAUAAAAAUAUAUAUUAUAUUUUGAUGCAAGAUUAUUAGAACAAUUAUCAAUUGCCUACUUUUGGUGCCUGCCUACUGUUUGUCCGUUAUUCUUAUUAAUUUCUUAUAAUACUGCAUUCAUCAGGCAAAUAUUUAUUUUGUAUCCAUGUGAUAACACAUUGCCAUUGUUGUAUAGGCAGACGGCAUGCAAAUCCCAUGUAGUGGCUCAGAGGACAAAACCUUACCAAAAGAUGUCUUAUGGAAGGUAGUUCCUCAUCAAUUAUUCUUUGGAAGAUCCCAUUCAAAAACAUGGGGCAAAGGAGGUGUGGCUUUUCUUCAUCCUGAAAGAAAUGACGCUACCAAGACUUACAUGUGCAUGUACAGAAUAACGUACGUCUCUAAACAGGAUAGCUACAUAACUCUGUGCACUUCUUUCAUUCGUUUGGUUGAAGUUAUACGUAUAUCAUGCUUCCAUCCGGUUACUAGCUGAUUUUUAACGCUUUGUCGAUGGCUCAAUCUGAUAUUAGGCUUGAGCAAUUCAAUGACGUAUUGUGUCAGGAGAAUUGUUUAAAAGAAGAAAUGGGGUUUCCACUGUUCGACUUAUCAGCUCUAGAUUUUGUCAUUCAAAAUAAAUAUAUCCCUCUGGUGGCGGUUAAGGUAUGCUAUACAAGUGUUUUAUACCAUUUAGCUAUUGUAUCAUUACAUCUUCUGUUGUCUUUUUAAGUUAGAAAAUCUCUUUUCCUAGAUGUCUACACAUUGCCAAUCUGAGAGGUACGAUUUUGUGCUUAUUGAAUAAUUAAUCCGCAUUUUGUUUCUCAGAUAUAUUGUAGAUGAUUUGCUUGCAAGCUACUUGAUUUUACCUUGUUUUUUAUGAUUAAAUGGCAGCGGCCAAAGAAAUUUGAGAUGUAUCAAUUUAUGCCUUCAUCGUUUUGCCCGAUGUAGAUGUCAUAGAUCAAUUUAACAAUGCAGUACUUAACCCAUUCAUGUAAGGGCUAUAUAUAUCAAUUAACAGUGCAGUAAUUAACACAUUAAUGUAAGGGCUAUAUAGUAGAUGACAUAGGACUGAAUGACAUCAACCCUAUGUCAUCUCUUAUAGCCGUUCUCAUCUCCUGUCUUAUUAGUUUACAUGUAGGGGGGGAGGGGGGGGGGGGUAUAACGUAAUGGUGAAAACAUGCUGAAAUGAAAGCACAUACAAGACAUUUCCCCACUACAUCGGGACGCAUUCAGAAAUUCGGCAUGUCUAAUGGUCCUUUUUUUUUUUUUUUUAAGAUAGACAUUGUCAGAAAAGAUUAAAAGUUCCUGUAAGCGACACCUAAAAUUUCCUGUAAACGAAGAUAGAUGUCUUGAUUUAAUAACAUUGUGUCCGUAAAAAAUAUUCCAUUCAAUCUAAAAGCAAAAAAAAAUGGUACUAGUAGAAUGAAUUGAAAAUUUACCAUGCUUUAAAGGCCUCAUAAUUUUUACCCAACAAGGAGCAUUCCGAUUCUUAUCUGUGUGAGGACAACUGUUUGGUUUUUGAAACGUGCCACAGUUCUGCUUAGCCUAUUUGGUAUGCCUUUACAUUGUCUUUUGGCUAUCACAAAAGUAGAACAGUGCAUUUAAACGGUUGAAGUUGUCUCUCUAACCAUCUUGGCCCCUUUUUCCCGCAGGAUGGAUGGUAUUCCAAUGUGGUUUAUCUAGGAAAUGAGAAUGGCUUUCCAAUUUUAACAAUGACGUAAGGCUCUUCCACAAAUUUCUCUUUUGUUCUUGGCUCUCUUCUAGUUCUCUUUGAUGCUUCUUAUCUUUGGUUGAUUAUCUUCGACGUUCACACCCUGAGAAAUAUACAUAAGGUUGACAUGCCACAACAGUUCCAUGUGCUAGUCUGUAAUCAUUGUCCAGUCUCGUAAAUUAAUUUAUGAGAUCAAAAAAAUAUGAAAAAAUUCAUAGCUCCAAUUAUCUGGGCAUGCCUCAAAGACAAUCUACAACAAAGCUGUCCUCUUCUCGCUUUUGUAUCCUCGGAGCCUUCAUUCUCUUCUGAGAUAUAUUGUUACCCUAAUACCCAUCAGUAGUUGGCAGAUUGAUAUUAGAACCAUAAUACAUACAGGCGCAUGCUUGAACCAUGGAUUUGCAGCGGUUUCCUUCAUCUCUCUGCUUUUCUUUUAGGUGUAUGCCGAAGGACAUUGAACAAUUCAAAUCUGGUCAGCUCCCUCUGCACCCACCGUCCAAAGAUUAUUGGCACACUCUGUCGAGAGGGCUGAUGGAAGGAAAACAGCUCUCUGAAGAAGAGGCCAUUGAUUACCUAACCAAUGCCACUUUACCGAUUGCCGAGUAA